CCGCCCAGCUCCCGGCCUUCGGUCCCGCCGCGCCGCUCUGCUGACCGUCGCCGGCCGCCACCAAAAUGUCUACAGGUGCACCUGCAGGUUCAAGUGCUGCCUUCAGCAGCAACCGACGACUUCAGCAGACACAAAAUCAAGUCGAUGAGGUGGUGGACAUCAUGAGAGUCAACGUGGAUAAGGUGUUGGAAAGAGACCAGAAGCUGUCGGAGUUAGAUGACCGCGCAGACGCGCUACAGGCCGGAGCAUCCCAGUUUGAAACGAGCGCCGCCAAGUUGAAGAGAAAAUACUGGUGGAAGAACUGCAAGAUGUGGGCCAUAGGGAUCGUCGUCGUCGUCAUCAUCAUCAUCAUCAUCAUCGUGUGGAAUGUUUCCUCGUGAAGAACCAGUGCCACCCCGCCUGCCGUUCAAGAAACCUCUUCGAGACCUUUGACUUAGAACCUGCUAUAUUCUCGAGCUCGCCUACUGUUCUGUCUAAGCUGAUUAGUUUCUGUUUGUUACUGUAAAGUUGAAUUUCUAGGCCAUGUGCCUUUGUGAUGUCAUAAACACUCCGAACCUGAAGUGCGGCCGCCCAGCCUACGCCUGGCCCGGCGGAGCGUCUCUUAACUUCCCGAGUGUCGUCACCUCCAAGUAAGGUUGUCUGAGGAAUUGCCAUUAAUUCCAGUUAAGGGAAUUUGUUCCAGGCUAGCCGUCCCUGCCAUAUGACAUCUUCUGAACCACAUUCUAAGCCUUUAGGUAAUCAGAUUUCCAGUUUGUGCCUUCCAGAAAGAACACUACUGCCUAAGCAAAUCUGUAACAGUAACAGGUUGUGCCUUACUUUGCUAUUUUUCGGAUUCCCUAGAAGAGAACUUUCUACUGUUUAUAAGCACUACUGACUCUUGCGCUGUAUUUAAAAAUAAGACGUGGAUAAAGAGUUUCUGCUCUUACAUUAGAUAUGAAGAUGUUUACUUUCUUGUUACUGUUUUUGUAUCACUUGCUAAAAAUAUUAUUUUAAUCAGAAAUAGCCUCUUUAAAACAUUUUUACAGAACUAUGGCUAUGACCAAAGUUUCUAUUUUGCCAAAAAGUUGAAUGCCCAGUACAGUGUCCUUACAUCUGUUCCUGACAGAUAAAUUCAAAAAAGUGACAAGUGGAACUUAAGGUGCCCUUCAGAAUUAAAGUUGUCGUACCGUCUGUGAACCCUCUCCAUCCUGACAGGCCUUUCUUGCCUCUGGGGUGCUGUGGGUGGGGCAGCUCCCCGAGUCCGCAUUUCUCCCAGGGGCGAGAGCAGGUUUAAGCCAGACUCUGAGCGUCUCCUCCCGAGAGCCUGAGCUCAGUAGGGCCUCUGAUAAUUACGGGAGCAGCAGUCCUGCAGCCUUCAAGGGAGACCAUGUGUGAACUGGUCAUUAACUGGCCCGGUCCGCAUAAACGAUAGCCUUUGGGAGUUUGUUUUCCUGUUUUUAUCCAUAUCCCACUUCCUAAAUCUGUCUUCUGAAUUGUACCUUCUACCGGGCCUUGGUCAGGGGUGGAUGACUGUUCCCAGAGGACAGCUAACCAGAGACUCUUUCUUUCUUCAAUGUCAGAAACUGUACAAGAUGCUGCUUUGGAAACAGCUUUGUCCCCUGAGAGACUUGCGGUGUAUGUGAGACUUUUACCAUCAGGGCGGGUGGCUUAAGGAUGGGAAUUCAGGUUGGCAUGCAAACAGGCAAGGAGGCUCCAAGGGAGAAAUGCUGAGGUCUUACCACCCUGACCCGUGGUUACUAGAGGAUUCUAAAAUUCUUGUCCAUAUGCCAGCGUGUGACUUACAAAGCAGCAGCAGUUGAGGUGCACCAGGACACGGGCUCCCUUUAACAUGGCUCGCGCUGGCUUCACUGAGACGCUGCCGUGUUGAGGACACGCCCUGCAGGACGCCCCACAGGAGGAAGGAAGCAGCCAUCAGAGUGGGGCAGGCCUUGAGGCCGCCCUCUGCUCAGGGGCUCUGGCCGGGUCUGACUCAGAAACCUUGGUGCUCUCUCCUUGCCUCGUGCCCGGUCCCUGUAACCCGCUGGCUCUUGCACUGACCUGGGGGCACCUUGCUUGUAUCUGUGCAUUUAGCUGGGAACUUACCCACUCUAAUGAACUGAAUAAACUGUUUAUAAGCGUGA